GUAUCGCGAGAACUCACUGCAGCAAAGCCUAAAGUCAUCGCGAGACUAUCAUCCAGUCCUUUGCCUGCUCAAUCCAGCUGGUGUCCUGCCUGCCGUUGACGGUUCUGUUGCAGCCGAGGUCCGAGUCAUCAUGGGAAACAUCUUUGGGAACCUGCUGAAGAGCCUGAUAGGCAAAAAAGAAAUGCGGAUCCUCAUGGUGGGCUUGGACGCCGCCGGGAAGACCACCAUCCUCUACAAGCUGAAGCUGGGCGAGAUCGUCACCACCAUCCCCACAAUCGGCUUCAACGUGGAGACGGUGGAAUACAAGAACAUCAGCUUCACCGUGUGGGACGUGGGUGGCCAGGACAAGAUCCGUCCCCUUUGGAGACAUUACUUCCAGAACACUCAAGGUCUGAUUUUCGUGGUGGACAGCAAUGACCGCGAGCGGGUGAACGAAGCCCGCGAGGAGCUGAUGAGGAUGCUGGCCGAGGACGAGCUGCGGGACGCCGUUCUUCUCGUCUUCGCCAACAAACAGGACCUGCCCAACGCCAUGAACGCCGCAGAGAUCACGGACAAGCUGGGCCUGCACUCCUUACGCCACCGCAACUGGUACAUCCAGGCCACAUGCGCCACCAGCGGGGACGGCCUCUACGAGGGCCUGGACUGGCUGGCCAACCAGCUGAAGAACAAGAAGUGAGGAGCUGGUCGGGGAAGAGUCUGGGUGGAAGGUUGCAGUAAGUCUGUUGUGUUCACUAAGUAGAGAGAAAUCACUCAGUAAGCUCCCAGGAGAUAGACUCUCCCCCGCUGAUAUUUCCGUUUCUGUACUUUUGAUUCAUUUGACUCGUUUGGAUCUGUGGUGAGAUUUUUAUUUUAUUUUAUUUUUUUAAUGUAAUGAUUUACAAACAAAUUGUGUCAAAGCUGAUCAAACCAAUCUAUGCUUUUCAGACUGAACGCGUCUAAUAUCGGGAUUUAAUUGUGCAACGUUACAACGAAGGCGUAUGACUCUCCACUUCUUUACAGCCUGUGAUUUACAUCCAAUAUUUACCAUUUUUCACAACAUGGUGGCAGAAACCGCCUCACCUUAGAAGCCACGAACCUGGUGUGAAUCGCAAAGGACGUCGCAAACGUGUAGAGGGACAGUAUGCUACAACAUCAACUCACAAUUUUACAUGCAGUGUGCUUCUACGGGCUCAGACAAAAUAAGCUUUCACUGGCGUGGAAAUGUGUUCCCCAGAUUUUAUUUAUGUGACAGAAUGAAUUAGGUUCAAGAUUGUAUUUAUUUUAAACAUAUUUUUUUCUCUAUUUUUAGAGAAACAUGAACUCUGCCGAUGUGAACGAUCGCCUUCGUUUUGUUUAUUCAUCGAUUGAUGUUAAGCUCUAAGUGCAUUGAAUGAUUUCUUCUUUUUUUUUAAUGCAGUGUGCAGGUGCUGCUCAGGCAGCUGUGUGAAAAAACCCCAACAAAAACAAAAGAAAGUCUCUGUAGUUUAACUGUGCAUUAUUGCUGCUUCCCAACCUGCAUGGACGCAUCCCUCAUUUGGCCUUGUGGGAACUAAUGAAGGCUUCUGUUGUAAAUACUAUAAAACAAAUGUUCUUGGCGGCUCAGAGAGGGUUAAAGACAACUCAUCCGGCCUCAGCGAGGUGUGAUAUCCAAGCUAAUGCAGACGACAGAACAGACAGCCACUCUGUGCCAGCUUAGCGAGGAGAGAAAAAGAAGAAGAAGAAGAAGAAGAAAAAAA